CUCCAAGACCUUGAGCUUGUUUUGUCUGGCGCCUCUGAGCAAAGGCACGACGCACCCAGCACAGACGAGCACAUCUCAAUGUGGGUUCUCUCGAGUGGCAAGAGCGACAAAAUCGUUUCAUUCCCGAUAAAAUCGACACUGGGUAGGGCAAUUCUGUCCCCUAUGAACUUGUCGAUGGGGCUUUUGCGAUGCAAAGAGAACACAGAGCCAAGUAAGAGCCAAGCGAAAGACAAGGGAAAGCCGGGGAAGGGCGUUCGGGGCAUUUUGGCGGCAUUCUCGCCGUUUUUCACCGAUGUGCUUGUAUAAAAAAGGGGAGGGGUACCCCCUCGCCAGGUCUCCAAACAAAGCAAGUACUACUAUCGACAACCAACAACCUACCAUUCGCACUGAAGACAGAAAACAGCAUGAAGCUCUCCAACCGUCUCAUGACUAAGGCCGCUCUCGCCUGCGCCGUCUGGCACCUACUCUUCAUUAUGGCCCUCGGUGCCGGUCGCCCAUCCAAAAAGCCGGUAUCGUUCCCGUCAUCGGGAAGGCCGCAUUCAGUAGAGCGUCCAGCCGCGCAGCCAGUGCCGCUUCCGCUGCCGCCGCCCUCUUUUGGCAAAGGACCGCAACCCUCGCAUGAGCUGCACAGUACGCCCCGUCCGCCGCCGCAGGCAUCCAUAUCUGGCAGACGCCCGGAACUCUCGCAGGAGCUGCAUCGAUUGCCCCGGCCGCCGCCGCCGCCGCCGCCAACGACCGUAUCUGUCAAACGACCACAGUCCUCGCCCGAGCCGCAUCGAUUGCCUCGGCCGCCGUCACCGCCUCCGUCGCCGCCGCCGUCGCGCCCACAUGGUAAAGGGCAACACCCAUCGCAUCGGUUGCCACUGCCGCCGCAGCAGUCGCGUCCACCAGGUGUACACAAUGAGCCUGUGCGUGUAGUGCAUUUGACUCCACCCGAGAAGCCCAGCUAUCAACAACCACUAUCGGCGGAAGACUUUCGUAAAAAGCAAUUUCUGUCGAAGUAUACGGAGGGUGUGCAAGGCAAGCUGAAAGCGGAGGGGAAGCAAGUGAAGGAGGGGACGUCGACGCCUAAGGUGCGCAAGAGGAAUUCGGACGAAUCAGGCGUUCCAUCGGGCUGAGUGGAAAAGUUUCAGCUGGACACAAAUGCAAAGCUGACAAGCUUGGGCAAGGAGAGAAGCCGAAAGGCAGAGCAGUGAGGAAUGGGUCCGGUGCAUUUUAGUUGGCGGCCCAUGGCGGUCAUCUGCUUGUGUCGCGCUCGCC